AUGCCUUCCAACGAGCGGUCGAAAGCCGUUGGGCUCGGAAUCUACCUGGCGAACAAUGACUCAAAGACGUCAGUCUUCUCCGUGGAUUUUAUGAAAGCGAGGCCAAGGGGACUACCCGAGAUAGAACACGGCGACCUAGAUAUCAACCCUGAUCAGUUUCAGGGCACCAGCCAGUUCGCUGCCCUGAAACCUGCCAGCUAUGCGAAUGCCGGAUCCGAAGACGUCAUGGACAAGGCGCGGCCACCGCGAAGUUGCUCAUACCAGCGUCCAUCUUCUCCCAGCAUCUACUCCGUACGCGAGGAGAGCGAGUCCGACAAUGCUACACCACGCGGUGGUGCAGCUGCUCCGUACAGCGGUGGCACCACUGAAGGGGCGUCCAGGUUUGGUGUAGAUCCUCGCUCAAGACCAUUCCCGACGGAAUUACCUCCGAGGCCUCCGAGCCGUAGGUCUACGCUGAGACGCUCAGUCUCCGCGCUGUUCCUCACCCCUGCCGACCUCCUCUACCCUCCUCAAGCUUCCAAUCGGCAAGACAACACGGCUAGUCCACGCACUCUCGGUCUUAGCAAACCCCUGCCAAAGACACCGCAAGGUCCCUUUGAACUGGCCAUAGUCACAGAGCGAAACUCGCGAUCUCCUGAAGGUGUUACCCAGGCCUCUGCAACAGGCCAGAGAGGCUCUCAAGACACCAUCCCUCGCAAGUCGCGCGCCGCCGCCGCGCCCUCCGACGCACCACCCGACGGCGGCUUCCUCGCCUGGGCCCACGCCUACACCGCCGCCCUCGUAAUCUUCAGCUGCUUCGGCCUGAACUACUCCUUCGGCGUCCUAGAGCAGCACUACUCCACCGAGCUGCUGCGUGGGACCAGCCCCUCCCGGAUCGCCUGGAUCGGGUCCACGCAGCUGGCCUUCAUCUCUCUGCUAUCCACGCCAAUCGGCUGGGUCAUUGACUCCUACCCCAAGAGCGCGAUGAUGUUCUUCCGCCUGGGAAGCGCAGGGCUGGUGCUGUGCGUGUUUCUGACGAGUGUGUGCAGGACGUGGGCGUCGCUGUUGAUUGUGCAGGGGGUGGCGACGGGGGUGGCGAUGGGGAUGGUGUGUUGCUCCGGGAUUCUUAUCUUGAUGGGGUAUUUUAGGAGGAAUAUUGGGUUGGCGAUGGCGGUUGGAGCUGUUGGGUCGAGUGUUGGAGGGAUUGUGUAUACGCUUAUGGCGCAGAGGUUGCUUGGGAAGGUUGGGUUUGGGUGGACGAUGAGGUCUAUGGGAUUCGUCGUUCUAGCAACUAUGGUACCUCCCAAUAUCGUCUUCCGGACGCGUCCUAAGCCCCCAAGUACCGGCGGACAGAGCUUCGACUGGAACGGCUUGCGAGACAAAGCGUUCUUCUUCAUGGUAGCUGGGAUGUUCUUCGCCUUCAUGGGCCUCUACUUCAGUUACUACUACAUAAUCGCCUACGCCACCCUCGUCCUCCAUAUGUCCCCAUCCUCAGCAACAACCGUCCUCCUCGCCCUCCUCGCCUCCAACAUCCCCGGCCGCAUCCUUCCCUCCCUCCUCUCAGACCGCUGCAUCGGCCCCCUCAACACACUCAUCCCAUCCACGCUCCUCAGCGCCAUGAUCAUCUUCCUCUGGAUCGGCACCACGACUCCGGGAGGGUUGUACCUCGUGGCGUGCUUCUAUGGCUUCGCGUCUGCGGGGCUGCAGAGUUUGUACGCGGUUACGGUCCAUGCGUUUAAUGUGGGGAGGGAGGGGGAGGCGGGGGUCAGGACUGGGGUCGUGUUUACGGGGAUUGGGGUCGGCAUGCUUGUGGGGACGCCGGUUGGGGCGAGACUUAUUAGAAGGGAUGAGGAUGGGAAGGUGGAUUUUGUGGGGGCGCAGGUGUUUACGGGGUGUUGUUUGACGAUUGGCGCGGCGUGCUUUCUGGCGAGUAGGUGGUGUAGGGUUGGGUGGAGUGCGCAGAGGGCAUAG